AGCCAAUAAAGGUUGAUGUCAGCAAGCCGGCAGAAUGGCUUGCGCAGUAACUUCAUGAUAUGUUUCGUUGCAAUCGUAUGCAGGAAUGCUGACACUGAUAUGUAUCGUUUUCAAACUUACGGGCUAGUGGGACAAGGGGAGGAAACCGAGUCCCCGAUCGGUUCCGGACUUACGUGCGUGGGCGCCUUCUCAGAUCUGAAAAUGUUUCACGAAAUUAAGAGAGAGUCUACAAACGAUAAGGAAUACGGGUGUACAACCAAAAAGGAUAUGAGAGCUGUGGUGUUCUUCUGGCUACAACUGGAAUCGUGUAUAUAUUUUGUCUCAUAUCAAUUCUACUAA